GUCAUUAUGUGGCGCCAAAACAGUCUCCUCUCAGCUUCUUCAGACUCAGAGUACCUCCAUUGUGGACAUACACACUUAUCUAGGACAAAAACAUAGCUGACUGUGUGGUGUUUAAUGGGUCACCCAUACCUGUAGUUUUUAAGCGCAUAUAGUGGAUUUUUAGCCCCUGUCGGUCUCGCUAUGAACGACGACGAUUAUUUGAUGGGAAGUUUUCAUUCAGGUCAGCUCCGUGCUAAUAUGCCGUCUGUUCCUGAUGGACUUUGCUGGGUGUCAAUUCUCUCCUGUCUACUACUAGCGUGCUCCUAUGUUGGAAGUUUAUACGUUUGGAAAAGCGAUUUACCAAGAGAUCAUCCUGCAGUGAUAAAGAGGCGCUUCACCAGUGUACUGAUUGUAUCCGCUCUGUCUCCAGUCUUUGUGUGGGCAUGGAAAGAGUUCACAGGCAUUCAGACUGGUCCCUCAUUACUGGCUCUUAUGGGGAUCCGGUUGGAUGGUCUUAUUCUUGCUAUCAUUCUUCCACUGCUAUUGACCAUGGUGCUGUUUCUGGGUCCUCUGAUCCAACUAGCCAUGGAUUGCCCCUGGGGUUUCAUUGAUGGGAUGAAAGUCGCAGUUGACCCUUGUUUCUGGUCGCUGUGUCUGAGUGACAUGCGCUGGCUGAGGAACCAGGUUGUGGCGCCAUUGACAGAGGAGUUGGUUUUUCGGGCAUGCAUGCUUCCCAUGCUAGUACCCUGUGCAGGCCCCUCCACCGCAAUCUUCACAUGUCCACUCUUCUUUGGUGUUGCUCAUUUUCACCAUGUAAUCGAGCUCCUGCGGUUCAGACAGGGCACUGUCUCAGGGAUUUUCCUCUCUGCAGUGUUCCAGUUCUCCUACACUGCAGUAUUUGGAGCUUAUACAGCCUUUAUAUUCAUCAGGACAGGUCAUUUGGUGGGUCCUGUGCUGUGCCACUCCUUCUGCAAUUACAUGGGUUUUCCAGCGGUCAGCACGGCCCUGGACCACCCGCACCGCCUCACGAUUCUCUCCUUCUACGUGCUGGGGGUCGUUCUCUUCUUCCUCCUCAUCUUCCCCAUGACUGACCCACUCUUCUAUGGUUUUCCCACACCCGUCUGCACCCUGACCUCCACACCUGGAUCCAUCUGCUCCUGAUCCAUCCAUACCUCCAUCCAGCAUGUCAUCCAUUCCUUCUCUCCAGCCAUUUGAAAAGGGAUGGCUGUUUUGCUGCUGGUUUCACCAGGGGAGCGAGGGACUGCUGGAGAACAGGUAUGAGAAUUCACAGCCUCUGUGAGGUGGUGCGUGGAAGAACUCGGUGGAUGCAAAACAUCCUCAGGUUGCACUGACCAUUCUUUUCACCAUUCAGCCGAUGUUGCAUUAUCAAGUGACUUCAGCAAGACAAGUUAAUUAUAUGUGUCUGCAUGUUUAUAUGACAAUAUUUCAGUGUAUUUAUCAUGAGAUUGGUGCUGGGGAUAAAGAUCAGACACUAUUACGGGUUCCUAGGAGAAUUUGUAUGCUGAAAUGUGCAUUGCUGAAAUGCUAGAUUCCCUAUUUCUUUGUUGUGACAUUAGAAACUUGUUCACAUACACCGUACCUUGUUUGGUCUGGUGCCCUUACUUGAAAACGCCAUUCAUUUUUACAGAAUUAUUUAGUUUUACUCUGGAUUUUUAUUGUCUAAAUAUCACGCCAUUUAAGUCAGUUGGCUUAAAUUUAAAUAAAUGUCUUUAGGUACGCUUUUGAAGCAAUAGACCUAGAUUAAUAGGAGUUACAAAAUGUAGUGAUUGAGGACCAGAAGUGUAAUUGCCCUGGCCUGAACAUGCAGCUUUAUGUGUAGGUCUAGAUAGAAUUUCGGCCUCAUGCACUUUUCAAAUAUGAGGUCUUUUUAAAGCAUUGAUCAGUCCUGCCUUGGCUUUUUGUUAAUUAGAAAAAAAAAAAAGAUGAAAUACCAAUUACUGUUUAUAUCGUAUAGUGGAUAUUCAUUAAUAGAUUUUGACCAAAUGGUAUUUCAUUCAUAUUAAAUGUAGGACUGUGCAAAAAAUCGAAUGCGAUUUUCAUGCGCAUCUCAUCAGUAAAGACGCUCCUG